AUGCCUUCUCUGUUACAGGCUCUGAUUACUGGGAAACUUCCCUCGCACUGUGAACCAACCUCGCCCUUCCUGACCACACUCUCGUCACAUCUCCACAUAUGCAUCCCCACACCUCUGGCACUGAUCUCUUCGAUCCUCGGCACCCUCAGCAUAGUCUCAUGGCUGUUCGCCCAGCUGCCGCAAAUCUAUAAAAACUACCAGGUGCAGUCUACGUCCGGGCUCUCCAUAUUUUUCCUGGUUAUCUGGUGUCUGGGAGACGUCAGCAACCUUCUGGGGGCGCUCUUCACCCGCCAGGCGGGGUGGCAGGUGGUGAUCGCCGGCUAUUACGUCCUGGUGGAUAUCACCCUGGUGAUCCAAUUCUUUUGGUAUACACACUACAAACCCCAACGGUACGAUGGCUAUAAUGAAUUGCCCCGCUCCGACGACCCGGACUCGCGAGGCAUCCUCCAGGGCAUGCCUCUCGCAGGCGACACCGCGCCCCACCAACCUCCGGCCCCGGUCGACAUGACCAUGUCGAAAGCAGAGCCCAAAGACAUGGGCGUGCAGACCGGGGCGACCCUCAACUCGAGAGCGGGCCCAACGCCCUCGUACUCAAACGAGAAACUGGGUUCGUCGCGCCGAUCCGUACGCGCCGGCACCAGUGCGCCCACUCCCCCCUUCGCGCUCCCACGAACUAUGCUCAUGGCCUCAUUGCUCUGCGCCGUGCUGGCCAACGCCAGCCCCAGCAGCCCGCCGCCGUCCCCCCAUCCGCCCAUCGCCGACGCGCCCCGCGAAACGAUCCUCGAGAUCGUCGGCCGCAUCUUCUCCUGGAUGUCUACACUCCUCUACCUCGGCUCGCGGCCCCCGCAGCUCUUCAAGAACUACCGUCGCAAGAGCACCGAGGGCCUGUCCCCGCUGUUGUUUAUGGCCGCCUUUGGCGGCAACUUCUUCUACUCUUCGUCGCUGCUUACCAACCCCAACGCCUGGUCCAACUUCCCUCCCUACGGUGGCGGCGGCUGGGCCGACGGCCACGGCAACGACCGCUGGGAAUGGAUUGGCCGCGCCAUCCCGUUUUUCCUCGGUGCUUUCGGGGUUCUGGGUCUGGACGGCUUUAUGGGCGUCCAGUUCCUCAUGUACGGCCCCCGUGAUGACGAAGAAGAUGACAUCUUUGCGGACACGGAUGAGGAAGACCAGAAGCGUGGCAGGAACCGUUGGAGACGUGUGCACGGCUGGAUGCGCGGCUGGAUUCCGUCGACCUCGCCUCAGCGUGUUAAAUCGGGCGCUGCUUCGGCAACGCAGGAAGGCCAGGCUCUGUUGGGUGCGGAAGGUGGUCGAUAUGGUACUGUCUGA